CAAGUAGGGUUUACUCAAAUCUAUCAGCGCGAAAGAAAAAUUCGAUGACGAAGCCUAUGGAGCUCUGUGAGGAGAUUCAAUCUACGGCUCCUCUGAGGAAGCGCAAGGCCGCCGAGGAUUCUUCCGACGAAGAACAAGGCGGUGAUGGGGAGGAGAGCGACGUGUCUAGCCGCGAGGAGGGCCAAGAAUGGGAUGUGGAUAGUUUCGACGAUGGAUUCGAUUACAGACCCAAAAGGAACCUUGACCCCAACGAUGAGAUAGGUCAAAAGAUGCAUCGAUAUAGAUCUCAGAUGUACCGUAGCAAGGGUUUCGAAGUGGAUCGAGAAAACUACCCUGGGAGCGUGAUCUACCGACAACUAUAUCCAAUUUAUCUUGAUGAACCAUUUAGGAAUACUGGGCUUACAGGCAGGGCGUUCAUGCAGAACAUGGUGGAUUUGGCUCUGGAAAGGUACAACAGUGUCAAGGGAUCUACUGUGACUUGUGAAUAUAUUGUGAGGGCUAUAGUUUCCCUGGCGUCCGGAGUCAAAUCUUUCAUGGCUAGAGAGUCUCCGGAUGGAGAUCUGGUCGAGUAUCAAGCUAAGACUGAGAAGAGGGUUUGACAAAGGAAACCUCAUGUCAUAUUUUGCAGGCAAGCCCCAAAACCCAAAGAUCCCACGGAUGAUGAUUUUGUCUACACGGAUACUUCAAGUGAUGAUGUGGAUAGUGACGCAUCCAGCCGUGAUAGUGGCCAAGAAUGGGAUGUGGAUAGUUUAGACGACCAACCCGAAUACAAACUCCCAAAGGUGAAUAUUCCUUCCGAUGAUGAAGUUGAAAAAAUGCGCCUAUAUAGACCUCAGAUGAGAAAGAGCAAGGGUUUCUACGUGGAUGGAGAAUGCUACUCUGGGAGAAUGCUUUAUUUCUCUCCUGUUGAUCUUGAUAAGAACAUCGUGCCUUAUGAGGUUACAGGCCGUGAAUACAUGCAAAACAUGGUAGAUUUGGCUCUGGAAAGUUACAACAGUAUCAAGGGAUCAACUGUGACAUGUGAAUAUAUUGUGAGGGCUAAUAUGACUAAAGUGGGCGGGAUGAAAUCAUAUAUUACUUUCAUGGCUAGAGAGGUUCCGGGUGGAGAUCUUGUGGAGUAUCAAGCUAAGACAGAGAGGAGGGUUACUCAAAGGAAAGCUCAUGCCAUCUUUUGCAGGCCAAGUCCAAAAUCAAAUGGUGUACUAUAAUGGGAUAAAAUUGAUAAAUUUGCUACUAUAGUCGGAAUGGUGUGACUGCUGUUAUUAUUAGUCCAGUAAAAAAUGUUUUAGAUAAAUGCUAGUAUCGUUGUAUUACAAUUGCGAUACAA